CAAGCGUCAUUUAGUAGUAUUGUGUUGUAAUGCCCCUGCUCCUUGGUAACCAGCUCGGACUAAGAAAACACGAGGUCACAGUUGGUCGCACCUCGAGCCCAGUACACAUCUGUUCUUCUCACCGCUCGGGGCGCAGUUCUCCAGUUUAGAAGGGAAGUUUUCUUCCCUAGACUUUCUCGUGUUGUCUUCUCUGUCAGCUGCCGGCGGUUUACGAAACUUAAGCAUGUCAUCCGAUGAAGAGUACGAGUCUGAAUCCGUCCGAGAGGACGUUGACUCCGAGAGAGGCACUAGUAGCGAGUCUCCUGACGAAGAGAAGAGACAGCGAAGGAGAAAAAGAACGAAAGAACAGAAAAGGAGUGAGAAGGAGAAGUCCGAGGUUGAUGUUGAGGCUAUACAGGAGUUUUGUCGGGCGGUGUCGGCAGGAGAUGUGGAGAUGAUCGGGAACUGUCUGGAUAAGAACGACAUCGACAUCAACGGGUUUUACUUCAGUGAAGGGAAGUUUACAUCACUUCACCUAGCGACAGACCAAGGUAUGACAGACGUGAUACAGUUCCUGAUCGACAAGAAGGCGGGUGUAAACAUCGCGUCCAGGAAUCCAGUCCCGGAAAAAGCGACGUAUCCGCUAAACCUGGUGACGUCAGAGGGUCCGUGCGGAGCCACGCCCCUUCACAUCGCCGUGACGUACGGAGACGAGGCGCACCUGGAGGCGGCGGACAUUCUCAUAGACAACGGCGCGAACGUGAACGCACGGGACAAGAACUGGGACACGCCCCUGCACCAGGCUACCUACCACGGGAACAACAAAGCCGCACGGCUACUGGUGCAGGCAGGGGCAGGGUUGGAUAACCAGAACAAGAAGGGAAAGCUCCCUGAGGAUCUUGCCUUUGAAGAGAGUACACCUGUGGGGUGUAAGAGUCCGAAAUCACGGAACAGCCUGCUGAAGGGAAGACAGAGAAUUCUUCAUAUCAUCAAGAGAAUCAAGGAAAACGCGGAGAGUGCCAGUUUCGCUCGCUCGUCUCACAGGAUGAGUCGUCCUGCCAGGAGACCAAUCAGGUUCAGCGAUUUCCCUCAGAAAUCGCCCGAAGAACUGCGUGUGUUGGAGAGACGUUUUGUUCUGGACUGUGUGGCUGUGGCCAACAUCUCACAGGACUAUGGGAAGGCCAAUCCGAAGAUGGGUACGGCCAUCCCUCCCUACAAUGCACAGAAGGACAAACAUGUGGAGCCUUACUUCAACUUUUAUGGAGUCAAAGAUGUACUGAAGACUACAGGACAAUAUGGAAGUAAGAGUUCCUCAAUCGACGGUCCCGUCAUCGACCGGUUUGUCGGUCUGGGUAAAGGAUAUCAGUAUCUGUCCAAGCGGAACAAGUUUGGAGCUGGACACUCCAGGGAAGCGACAGACGGUCACGGACAGUUCAUGACAGGCGUACAGCCCAUGUUUGGGUACCGCGGCUUGUACGGAUACCGAAGGAACACGCCCUGGCUGCGAAAUAUCCCCUCCCCCUUUGGUGUGGAUCCUCGGUCACCCCUGCACGCCAGGGAGCGACUUCCACCGAUUUAUUACCGUCGCCAGUUAGGCUGGGCGGCUAGCAUGUGAAAAAUUACUGUGAACAGAGUCGCAAAUUCGUUGCCUGAAAUUGUAAAUUCUAAGAAAAUUAAGAAACGAGGCGUGAACUGAAUGCCAACAGGUGUGCUCACUGCAAAUCUAUUUAUGAUGAGUAGGUUUGAUUUUAAUUCAAAGGCAAAGCUGCGAUUUCAAAAGUGUUAUCUUGACUUGGGGCUGGUAAGUUACUACACGUAAAAAUGUGACAUUCUGCGUAACAUGACCAUUGCAUUUGUAGAGGUCAAUGUAUUUUACCAGCAUAUUGCUUGUCAGUGUAUUCGCACAGGAAAAUUGGCAAAAAAAGUUGCAAAUUACUGUAAUGAUUUAUCACAAAGAGUCCAAUCUCCAAUGUAAUACCCAGUUAAGAAUUGUGUGAACAGGAAAGGGUAGACUUGUGUGUACAUGUAUGUCAGGUCGGUGUGAGUUCCGUAUAUACAUUUUUUGGCUUAGGUGAAGUUUGCGGUCAUAGAAGUGAUUUUUUUUGCUCAAUAAUCUGGCGGCACAAGUGGGCCAAAGUACAAAAGAACUCUUCCCUGCAAACUUACAAAAAUGUAUUUUGAUGGACUAUGCAUAAGUGUGACAGCCCUUUUAGGACCAUAACGAAUGUGCUCAAUAAUUAGAAGACAUAUUAAAUUCUGAUUUUCUUUAUUAUAAACAUACUCCAUUAUACAGUACUAUAGCUGAAAGACAAAAAAUCCACAAGAAAUGCUCUGACAUACUGUAGAAGUACACUGAACUGCUCUGACUGGCUUUUCGUCGCUGUUUACAUAUUACAUGGUUCACACAAGCUCUCACUACAGUAUAAAACUGGCAAUAAAAAGUUUUUGAGAGACUGCAGCUGGGUGGGCACAGAAAUGUAGUAAUCAAUGGAGAACUUUUUGAAUCUAAUUAUGAUUGUCAGUUCCUCUCUCUAAGCAUCCUGCACAGUAGCAAUAUUAGUCAUGUAUCCAGUUGUCAGGGCUGAUCUUGGAAAUUUGUCAUGAAAAUAAGGGUUCAGUUAUUAAUAUUAGGUAAACAUCACAGCUGUGUAUGCAGAAGUGUUGAGUCCUGUGAAUACACAUCAACGUAAUCUCUGAAUACUUUAAAAUUUCUUGGUUUCAAUGAUUUUGCAAUCAUCAGAUGAAGAAAAUUAAAAAAGCUAGUCCAAUAGAAGUACUAGCUCUUUGGGGAAGUAAGAGUUGCUUUUAAUUAAAUACUUUGAAUAAGGGUAUCAACUAAGCGUUUUUGAACAGUUUGCAUACUUUUCCUACAGGUAAACAAUUGAUUUUUGCGUGUGUGUCUAGUAGCUAUUUUAGAAUAAUUCCCAACUUGUUCAAUACAAUGUACAUUCAUGUGCCUCUGCUAUUAAAGCUUUUAGAUAUCUGAGGCUCUGUUUGGUUCUUGUUUAUAUUCUAUAUCUCCUAGAACAGCCCUAACGCAACAAACAUCUUUACUCUCCACCGAAAAUAGCUUUAAACAUACCUUCCAAAUGGAUUGCAAUACUGUUCAAUGGUUAGUUACAUAACUACGUCAUUCACUAUGGUUGCAUUUCCUGGUUUUAUAAGACACCAUUCAUGAUCAAUGCAAAAUUACUGAAAGCUGUUCACCAUACAAAAGUAUAUCUAUUUUUCAUCUCCUUUUUUUUCUUCUGUAUUUCCUUUUCUCAUGCUUGCAAAUAGAAGGACACUUGUGUCUACAGAUAAGUGUAGCUCAAAAUGAAACAGUACUUUCAUCUGACACUUUGGCAAAUGUAUGUCAGGAUUAAACAUUGUAUUCCGUGAUGCCGCU